AUGGUCUUCAUCUCGACUUCCCUUGUCAUUGCAUCUCUCGCCGCCUCUGCUCUCGCCGGUCGCGGAGAUCUCCGUGCCCGCCAUGAGAAGCUCAACCGUUCCAUUCACGGACGCUCGAGCAGCUUGACGCUCAAGUCCAACUACACUGGCUCCGACUUCAUGGACAACAGCAAGUGGAACUAUUUCACUGGCCAGGACCCGACGAACGGAAAGGUCGACUACCUCUCGCUCUCUGACGCCAAGAAGGCCGGCCUUGUCAAGAACGAUGGCGACCGGUUCAUCAUGAGCGUCGAGUCCGGCGAUCUGCCCUCUGGUACCGACCGCAAGUCUGUUCGUAUCACCAGCGUCGAGAAGUGGAGUAGCGGUCUCAUUCUCGCGGAUUUCGAGCAAAUGCCUCACGGAUGUGGUGUGUGGCCUGCGUUCUGGACCGUCGGUGCCAACUGGCCCCAAGAUGGCGAGAUUGAUAUCAUCGAAGGCGUGAACACCCAGACCAACAACCAGCUCACCCUCCAUUCGGGUGGCGGCGCAAACUGCACCAUCGACACCAACCCGCCGCUCGUCAACGGCGUCACUGGUUACCUCGCCAAUGUGUUGAACACGCAGUGCCUGUCCACCGCGACGGCUGAUGCCGGGUGCUCUUUCUCUGACCCGGACCCGAAUAGCUUCGGCCCGGGCUUCAACGCCGUUGGCGGUCGCGUCAUGGCCAUUCUCCGCGACGAAAGCGGGGUCAAGAUGUGGUCAUUCGCGCGCGACGACAUUCCGGCAGACAUUCUCGGUGGCGAGCCGAACCCCAACCUCUGGAGCUCGCCCAAGGCGUUCUGGAGUUCCCAGACUUGCGACAUUGACGCCAACUUCGCUGCUCAGACCAUUGUCCUCAACACCGAUGUCGGUGGUGGCUGGACCGAGGGCAACCUUGCCUCUUCGGGCUGUGGCUCUGAUAUUGCCUCCGUUGUCGCGGAUGGCUCCAACUUCAACAACGGCAAUUGGACCGUGAACUACAUCGCGCUUUUCGACUGA